CUCUACUGUCCGCUUUCAUCCAAAACUGAACCAAAUUUGAUUUCUUCUGCGAAUUUGGAGGAAUAAUUGGUGGCUCUCUCUUAUUUGUUCUUCACUCCACCGGCUCAAUCAACCAUCCAACAACUUCCAGCUUUUAAAAAAAAAUAUUUUUGCCUCUUCAGAUCUCUCAAUUAACACCUUCAAUUCAGUUUUUUGAGCGCGGAAGUCAGUCCGUGAGCGGAGCCGGCAAGAUCCGACAAUGGAUAGCUUGCCGACGACGACGAAAUCUGACCGCCGAUGGAGAUCAAAGAAUAUUCAGACCUCCAAGCCUUCUCUAGUAAUGGCCUUCUUCUCUUGCCUCGCUUGGCUCUACGUUGCAGGCAGGUUGUGGCAAGAUGCGGAGAAUAGAACAUUGCUCACUAAUCUUCUUAAGACGAAUUCCGCACAGAGGCCGAAGGUGCUUUCGGUGGAAGAUAAGCUAGCUGUCCUUGGAUGCAAGGACCUGGAGAGGAGGAUUGUGGAGGCUGAGAUGGAAUUGACAUUGGCCAAAAGUCAAGGAUACCUCAAGAACCAGCUGCUACAGUCCGAGUCGGCUUCUGGCAAAAAGCUUCUGGCUGUUAUUGGAGUUUAUACUGGAUUCGGUAGUCGCCUCAACAGAAACGUCUUUCGAGGGUCUUGGAUGCCGAGAGGUGAUGCCUUAAAGAAGCUGGAAGAAAGAGGAAUAGUGAUAAGAUUCGUCAUUGGUCGGAGUGCUAAUCGAGGUGAUAGCUUAGAUCGAAACAUUGAUGGGGAAAAUCGCUCAACAAGGGAUUUCUUAAUUCUUGAAGGUCACGAGGAGGCUCAAGAAGAAUUGCCUAAGAAAGCAAAGUUCUUCUUCAGUACUGCUGUGCAGAACUGGGAUGCAGAUUUUUAUGUCAAAGUUGACGACCAAAUUAACCUUGAUCUCGAGGGGUUAAUAGGACUCCUAGAACGUCGACGCGAUCAAGGCAGUGCUUAUAUUGGAUGCAUGAAGUCAGGAAACGUUGUAACAGAAGAGGGGAGACAGUGGUAUGAGCCAGACUGGUGGAAAUUUGGGGACGAGAAAUCGUACUUCCGGCAUGCAGCUGCUCCACUUAUCAUACUCUCAAAAAAUUUGGCUCAAUACAUUAACAUUAACAGCGCAUCUCUGAAGACCUACGCUCAUGAUGAUACAUCGAUCGGAUCUUGGAUGAUGGGUAUCCAAGCAACGUACAUUGAUGACAAUCUCCUUUGCUGCUCGAGCAUAAAGCAAGACAAGGUCUGUUCCCUGGCUUGAUUAGAGGAACUGGCUUCCUCCUGUCUCGUGAUUCAUUUGCUUCGACAUACUGAAAGAAGCUGUUCUCGGAAUUACUUCUUGACAACAUCUAACCAAUGGAUCCACCUCCAAUCAGGACCGUGGAUUUCAGACAGAUUCUUUUUACAUUCGCCAGCUGCAGAUUCUUCGACGGUAAACAACAUGCUAACUAGAUUUUUUUUUGUAUAAAUCCAAGUGUGACGAUUGAUGCAGUUAUAACGUGGCGGAUUGAACUUACAAUAGAGGGUUGGUUGCUCUUUGAGCAGAAUCCUAAAGAGUAGAGUUGUUCUUUGCGUGUCGAUGAGGCUUCUUUUGGUUUCUAGUUUAUCAGUUUUGACUUCGGUUGUAAAUGUAUCAUUGGACAGCUAUGUAUUGUAAAUGUACAGGGGAAUGACAAUGAGUUGGAACUUAGAACUCCCCUAGUUACGCUUGCCAAUCAUCAUAUGUGACUUGGAACACGCAGGCCCCGGCUUGGGCCUUCUGCUCAGAGCUUAGAAGGCCCUUUAAUCCUAAUCACAUUAAACUCGUCACUCGCAGCCACAAGGCUGCUAACGAGAUGGGCGUUUACUAGGUUGCACAAGAUAUGGUUUUUUCUUCAAUUCAAAGCUCGGGAUGUCCAUUGAGCACCUCGCGGAUAUGUCAUAAUAGGUCGUAAAGCUAACACUUGCCUUCGAGCCUCCUCUUAUUCAGGCUCGCUUCAUAGGUAUGUUAUAAAAACUUUCCCUUACUGUCUUGGUCGUCCAUCAUUAAAGCUGCAAAUGAGUCAACCUGUUCGUAAAUGGCUUGAUGUUCGGUUCCGAAAAGCUAGUUCCACCACUUGGCUCAUUAUACGAGCCGAACUUGAGUUAAGUCUAGUUCGAUUUGCAAGGCUCAUGAGACAGCUACACUAUGUGGGUUUUUUAGCUCAAUUCGUGAGGGUCUCGUUUGAGCUAUGAGCUGGCAAGAAAGUGUGGCUAGCAAGCCGUCUUGACUAGCGACUUUAAAGUGGAUCGACUUAUAACUUAUGAGUUGGUUUGUUGAUAAUUCAUAGUUUGUCAAAAUAUGUACCUAACUACAUAGACUAUAUAAUCUUCAAGAUGUUAAGUACAUUAGCAAAUAGGUUUCAUUUAUAAUUGAAAAGAUAAACUAUGAAUCAUAGAUUGUUGAAAUACUAAAAUCAUUUAUAAUCGAACCAUACUACUUGCUAAAUCGAAGCAAUGUAAAAACCAACCCAAUAACUUGAAUUAUAGAUAAACUAAUCAUUUAUAAUCAAAUGUUAAUUAUUUUGUAGCAAUUGAAACAUUUAUAUAUUAAAUCUUAUAUUAGUCCUUAUCUUAGAGAAUCCCAAACCCAAACAACACAUAUUAAGGCUGAAUGAACCUGGAAGUCGGGAAAAAAUAAAGGGGUAAAAUCACAGUUGUCAACCUACUUGUAUGUCGUGGGUUGGUACAAUUGAAUUUAAUUGGCCCGGAUAUCAAACUAGCGGGAAGAAUAUCAGUAUAAAGCAAUAGUCAAAAUUAGAGGUGGCAAAUGGAUUGGAUUGGUGGAUUGGAUUGGUGGAUCCAUGGAUCAAAUGGAUUGGAUCUAAUGGAUUGGUGGAUUCAUGGAUUGGAUCAAGUGGAUUGGUGGAUUAUCCAUGAAUCCAAAUGACAUCCUCAACCAAGGACCAAUAUGUAAAAUGUAAAAAGUUUAGGUACUAAAAUGUCAUAAUGAAAAUUUUAGGUACCA